AUGGAGGAAGAAGUAUCACCAGCGUUCAAGUCUUCGUUUACCCAAGGGUCGUAUCCCUCACCAGACGGCACUCUCAUUGCAUCAAUUCAAGGGUCUUGUCUCGUCCUACAAGAUGCAUCUACAGGGGAGGUAAAACGGACGACGCAGCUUUCAAAUGAGGUUUCGACAAUCAACUUUUUGAAAUGGUCAUCGCCGCCCCUUUCACUCCCAGUAGUUGAAGGGGAUGAAAACAAAUCCAAUGUGCUACCUUCAACUUCACCUUCACCUUCAAGAAUCCUAGUCGCCGACGACCAGGUCAUUGAAGUUUUUGAUGCGCAUGACGAAGAUUGGAAAGCGACUUUGAACCCAGGUUUUGGAGGAAUCAAAUAUGUCGACUUCGCUGCUGACGCGGAUGAAGUUUUGGUCUUAUCAGAAUUCGGGUUAAAAGUUACGAUAUGGUCAUUGAAAGCCAACUUUCAUGUCGACUUGCAGCAUCCAAAAUUUGGAGCUAAGGGAUUCGGAUACCGUCCUGGGACCAACCACUUCGCUCUAUUAACCCGGCCCGUAGCCCACGAUAUGCUAAAUCUAUACUCCCCGGAGUCAUAUACCCCGAUAAAAUCAAUCGAGCUACCCACAAUUGAUGCCCAGGCUCUGAAAUGGUCUCCAAACGGUCGUUGGAUUGCUAUACUAGAGUCAGCAAGCGCGGGCUACAGGGUCCUGCUCUAUACUGCUAAUGGACAUAUGUUCCGGACACAUGAGCAACCUUGUGUGGGAUUGGGGUUGAGGACUAUGGAAUGGAGUAGUGAUGGGGAUUUCCUCGUGCUUGGUGGUUACGAUGGGAGUGUAAUUUUCUUGAAUAAUUUUUUGUUCAACAAAGUUGUCGAAAUGAGACAUACGAUAGAGAUAAAACUAAUGGCAACAGAUGUCUGGUCCGAGGAGCUUUCAGUUCUUGGAGAGCGUCACUAUACAUUGAUAACCCCUCCGGUGAGCCUUCCAACGGUGGAUUCGCUGGCGUCAGAUCCAGUGCCAAAGAUUGGGGUCUCAGUUAUCUCAUUCUGCGCAGAUGGAACACUCGUGGCGACCAAAGAUGAAAGAAUGCCGAAUUCAAUCUGGGUAUGGUCUUUGGAGAGUCUUGCGCCAUUAGCUAUCCUUGUACAGCUGUCACAGGUCAAGGCGAUCCAGUGGCAUCCGAGUCGAGGGGACCUUUUGGCGGUGGUGUGUGGAGCUGAUCCUAACAGUGUCAAUACUACAAAUAUGCCAUCGGUAUAUCUCUGGAGUCGAGACUGGGAUUACCCAAGAACGAUACGGGUAUCAACAGAUAUUCUAGCGUCAAAUUUAUGGUUGAGAUGGAUUGACAAGAGGGUAAUCGAAACAGAAGGGGCGUUAGAACGUGAAUUUGACAGCACCUAUGUGGAAGAGGAGGGUGAAAGGGAGACUGGCUCGGCAAGAGAACCUAUCCGUUUCAUUGUUGGGGAUAAAGAACGGUAUAAUAUCAUGACAUUGACAGAGGUACAGCCGAUGAUUGAAGAAUGA